AUGAGGUCGAAGGAAUUAUCUGUGGAGCUCCGAGACAGGAUUGUGUCGAGGCACAGAUCUGGGGAAGGGUACCAAAGAAUUGCUGCAGCACUGAAGGUCCCCAAGAACACAGUGGCCUCCAUUAUUCUAAAAUGGAAGAAGUUUGGAACCACAAAGACUCUUCCUAGAGCUGGCCGCCCGGCCAAACAGGCAGUGAACGAGCCUUCCAUGUCUGAACCCAAGUCUAUGGAGUCCCCAGGUUCUGGCUGUGGUGUUCCAGACCAGAGAACCUCACAGCAGGGUCCAGAGAUGGUCUCAGUGAAGCUGGAGGACUGCAGUCAAACACUGGAACUCAAUGUGAUUGUCAAAGAGGAGCCAGAAGUCCUAGAGGAAGAGAUGGCUGUCAAAGAGGAGGAGGCGGAGGAGGAGAGAGCAGUCGGAGAGGAGGCGGAGAGAGCAAUCACAGAGGCGACGGAGGAAAGACCACUCAAAGAGGAGGUGGAGGAGAGCGGAGUCAACGACGAGGAGAGUCCAGUCAAAGAAGAGAACAGGGAUGGGUCUUCGCCAGAUCUAGAGGAAGAGGAAGUAGAUAGUAUCACUGAUCCAGGUAAGCAGGAGAUUCCACAACUGUUAUUGACAGCUCACUUCCCACAACUAUUAUUGUUAAAGUGAGCUCCGCUUCUAGACAGAGAUUGUGGUAGUGUAACAGUUUAGCAUUCGUCCGUCCCCUCGCCCCGACCUGGGCUCGAACCAGGGACCCUCGGCACACAUAGACAACAGUCACCCACGAAGCAUCAUUACAAAAGCCGCGUUCCUUGCAGAGCAAGGGGAACAACUACUUCAAGAGCUUUGGUCGGGCAGGAUCUCUGAAGACACAACAGCUAACUCACACAGAGGAGAAGCCUUACCACUGCUCUCAAUGUGGGAAGAGCUUUGGUCGGGCAGGAUCUCUGAAGAAACACCAGCGAACUCACACAGAGGAGAAGCCUUACCACUGCUCUCAAUGUGGGAAGAGCUUUGGUCGGGCAGGAUCUCUGAAGAAACACCAGCGAACUCACACCGGAGAGAAGCCUUACCACUGCUCUCAAUGUGGGAAGAGCUGCAGUCAGACAGCAGACCUAAAGAGGCACCAGCUAACGCACACCGGAGAGAAGCCUUACCACUGCUCUCGGUGUGGGAAGAGUUUUAGGUAUUUAACAACUCUGAAGAUGCACCAGAUGAGAAGCUUUUCCACUGCUGAUAGUGUGGGAAGAGUUUUAGGCAUUUAACAACUCUGAAGAUGCACCAGAUGAGAAGCCUUACCACUGCUCUCGGUGUGGGAAGAGUUUUAAAUGCAUAAAAUAACAUCAGAAGAUGUUGCCCAACACUGACCUUUAUAAUGGUGUUGCCAAGCUGGGCAUCUAACCAAUAUUGACUGAGUUGGUUUUUUUUCUUCUCCAACCUGAUGUACAUUGUCAUAUAAAAAAUGUACCAAAGCUUAUGAAAUAUGACACGAGGGUCACAUUUUAAAUUAAAGUGUCUAUUCCUC